AGAUGAUGAAACAUGGAUGGGACAACUACGUCAGAUACGCAUGGGGUAAAAAUGAGCUUAAACCGAUUAGCAAACGUGGUCACAGUGCCAGUAUUUUUUGGUUCCAUGCCGUUGGGAGCUACGAUUUUGGACAGUUUAGAUACUCUCUACAUCAUGGGCAUGAAAGAUGAGUUCAAGCAGGCUAGGGAGUGGGUGGCUAACGAGUUGGAUGUUGAACAAGCAGUUUCAGACGUGUCUGUUUUCGAAGUAAACAUUAGAUUCGUGGGAGGAUUGUUGACGUGCUACGCCUUUACCGGCGAUACUUUGUUCCGUGACAAGGCACAGCAAAUUGCCGACAAAUUAUUGCCAGCAUUCGACACCCCCAGCGGCAUACCCAACGCUCUGGUUAACUUUAAGACAGGGGUGAGCAAAAACUAUGGAUGGGCUAGUGGCGGUUCCAGCAUUCUCUCAGAAUUCGGUACACUCCACCUAGAAAUGUCGUAUCUUAGUGAUAUUACUGGAAAACCGAUUUACAGAAACAAAGUGGAUCAUAUAAGAAAAGUGUUGCGUGAGUUGGAAAAACCAAAGGGAUUGUAUCCUAACUAUCUCAACCCAAAGACUGGAAAAUGGGGACAACACCACAUGUCCAUGGGAGCUUUAGGAGACAGUUUUUAUGAAUAUUUGUUAAAAUCAUGGAUACAGUCGAAUAAAGAAGAUAACGAAGCGAGACAAAUGUUCGAUGAUUCCAUGGCAGCCGUCUUCCAAUAUAUGCUUAAAACGUCUACCAAUGGUCUUAUGUAUUUCGCAGAACUGAAAUUCGAUAGACCUGAACACAAAAUGGACCACCUUGGAUGUUUCUCGGGUGGUUUACUAGGUCUAGCAGCCAAAACUCUCAAGAAUGACCAAUCGAAUAAAUAUAUGAAAGUAGCAGAAGAAAUCACUCGUACCUGCCACGAAUCCUACGAUCGCACUGCCACUAAAUUGGGUCCGGAAUCCUUCCGAUUCACUGAAGGAUCUGAAGCUAGAGCACUAAAAACGUCAGAGAAAUACUAUAUCCUAAGACCCGAAGUAAUAGAAACAUAUUUCUAUAUGUACCGAUUAACCAAAGAACAAAAGUACAGGGACUGGGGUUGGGAAGCUGUUCAAGCUCUUGAGAAGCAUUGUAGAGUCGCUGGAGGAUUCACGGGACUUAAGAAUGUUUAUGCAGAAGAUCCACAACAGGAUGAUGUACAGCAGAGCUUCUUUUUAGCUGAAACUUUGAAAUACCUCUACCUACUCUUUUCUGAUGACAGCCUAUUAUCGCUAGACGAAUGGGUAUUUAACACGGAAGCCCAUCCUCUACCAAUAAAGGGAGUCAAUCCUUUCUACAGGGAGUCCACACAAUAGCACCGACUCUAAAUUCAAUUAAACGACUGAUAUAUAGAAACAAUUAAUUAACUAAUUAAUUUAUUUGAACAGAUGAGAGAAAUAAUAUAUAUUUAAUUACGUUUAAACAGUAUACAGAUCAGUUUCCAGUUAAUUUAUCAAAAUUGAUAUAUCCUUCGUAAAGUAAUUCAUAAGGGCCAGUUUGAUAAAACUUUUAGUUGAUCUGUAUAUUGUGAACAUCGACGAUGUGUCCCAACUUUCAGGUUUAAAUAAUUAUUAGUAAUAGUAUGACUAAAAUCGUUAUAACUCUAAAACUUAUUCGUUUCAUGGCAUUUGCAGAGGUACGUUAAAUAUUUUCAGAUGUUAUAAAAAUAUAUUUUAAAUAUUAGUCAAACCUCGUAUGCAUCUAUUAUGCAAAACAUUUUAAAAACAUUUAAGUCUUAAACAGAUUGUUUGCUACCUAUUUUUAUUGUUAAAUAACUUUUGCAUCAGUUGUUACAUUCUGAUAUAACCUUUUAUUUGUCGUAACUAUUUUCCGCCGACAAAAUUUGUAUACUACUGGUGCCAUCUAUUGCUAUUUAGGAAACUGCUCCUUUGUUAUUUCUCCACAAUCGCAUUUUACUUCUACGUAAAAAAAUAAGAGCUACAUUUUUUUGUACCUUAAAUAUCAAUUUGAAUUGUUUCUUUUAGUUUAAGUGAAUAAUAAUACUCUAAGACAAGCAAAGUUUUACCGGACAUUUGGGACACAUUCGAAUUAGGUAAAUAAAAUAUGAAGCGACUGGGGUCUUGUAAAAAGGGUUAAAAUCUUUGUAUAGUGAAAAGAAUUCGGUGUGAGUGUGUUGUGAGUAUUUCUGUGAUCUUGAAACUUGAUAGAUAAAGUUGGAAUACUUUAUUGUAAACUUAGAGAUGUACAGACAAAUUAGAGCAUUUAAUCUGAUAGCACAAAAUACAAAAUAGCGGCUUUCCAAAAUAAUUAAUUCAAAAUUUAAUAAUUUGGUGUAAGUUUAUUUAGUUUAAAGUAUAGACUAAUAGUAUGUUAAUCGGACACAUUUUUACACUUAAACUCAGUGUCCACGGACGUCAAACGUCAUAGUUGACAUGAACAUGCGCAUUGAUUCAGCAAAAGUUAAUGACAAUGAGUUAAUAACACACAAGCACAAUUAUGACAGUGAAGUUCGUUCAAUCCGAAGUUAUAUUCUUUAAAAUAUAUUGCUGAAAACUGCAAUCCAUAGGAUCGGGCAUAAAAAAAGGCCUUGAGGUUAGCACAUCGCACUAAAAGGUAAAAAACAACAGAUGCAUAGUUUUUCUUCUUCUUUUGUUGCCUAUUCGUUUCGAAUAUUGGCGAUCAUUCUGGCUAUAAUUAUUUUAUUAACUGAUGCUUUAAAUAGAUUAGUUGUUGUAAAGAGCCAUUUCCUUAGGUUUUUUAACCAUGAUAUUCUUCUUCUCCCAAUUUCUCGCUUUCCAAAUACUUUGGCUUGAAGGAUUAUUUUCAGUAAUCUGAAUUUAGUGCCGUUUCUCAUUAUGUGUCCGAAAUAUUCUAACUUUCUCCUUUUAAUUGUAUACACCUCUUCCCCAUUCAUCGUAGUACUAGUUGGUUAUCUUGUCCGUCCAUUCUUAGGAUUCUUCGGUAUAGCCACAUCUCGAAGUUUUUUCUCUAUCGCUUCAGUGAGUGUUUAGGAUUCAACUCUCUAGUAUAGUUUUUAUUCUUUUCAAAUUUCUUGAAUCAAAUUUUCCAGAUGAUUGCGAAUCUCUUCAAGUUAUAUUUCUUUCAAAAAGUUUGAAAUAUAGUUCUGCUGUAGAAGGAAGAGUUCUUUCCAUGCAUUUAUCCCAAAUAUCAUAGGCUGUGAUAAUUUGGAAGCAGUUAAUGUCUACAACUUCAUCGAUUCGUUUUACAGUUUCUAGGUAUUUUUCUCAAUAUAAAUUGUUCUGUCUAGUUUUACUAUUACUAGGCAUAGCCAUACUAAAUUUACUUAGUUUUUUGUGUUUGAUUCAAGAACUAUAUAUUAUAGUCCUUUUGUAUUUUACUAUUAGAAGUAUCAGCCUAUUUUUCGCUCAUUUUCGCAACUUUAUUGACCGCAGCUCGAAAUGGUCCUGAAAUGGUCAAGGAAAACCAUUAGGGUAGUUACAUAUUUUCCUCGCAGAGUAGCAAGACAAGCAGAGAAAAUCAAAAACUAAAAAGUCUUCCGCUGGGCGACAUGCUCUCUAUGUCAACUGAAUACGGACGGAAAAUCAGAUGCAUGCGCGCUAGAACUAUGAACAUCCAUGAAUAUGGGAUAGUAUUAUCACGAAACUACGAUUUGGUAUCUUACAUAUAUUUUGGUAUGUUUUUAUGCUAAAUAUUGUAAUAUGUAAUACAAUGGCAUCUAUGGUUAUACAUACUAAUCAAACAUUUCUUUUUCAUUGUGCGAAAAAUCUAAAUUUUACAUACUUUCUAUUUUGUGCUGCCAGAACAUUUUUUUUUUGAUUAUUUUUGUUGCUUUGUUAUUAAUUUGUUACUGAAAUUGCAUUUUUUUUAUUUUGUAAGUAAAUUACCAACAAAAUUCCAUAUUUGAACAAAUUUAUUUACAGAAAUCUCUCAUUUUAUUCUGCACCAGUUGACGAUUACUACAUCUGACUAUCUUGUAAUAUUUUUCAGUUUUAGUGGUAUAUAAUGAGAAACUUCUGUAUACAUAUUUGAAAAUACAGUCCAAUGUUAAGUAAAUCACCGAUUUUAUUUAUAUUUGUUGUUAAAAAAUGAACCAGGGUCCAAUAAAAUUGAUCAGUACUU